AUGACAGCCUACGCACAAGCACCAUCAAGAAGUCUGAAGAUCCAGAUUCUGAGCUUAUAUGCUUACGAAUUGCCCGCACAGAAACUGCAAACAUUACAUGAGCCUUAUGGUCGGCUUAGCAAAUGGCAGAUUAAGAGAGCUCGUGCUCAUGCUAGAAACAACGGGCCAGGUAUGGAGAUGAAAAAAAACCCGAUACCAUCGAGUAAGUCUAGAUAUUGGCAAAGUAGAUCACUUCAUUGACUUUGCCAACCGACAAUAUUACCAUCAAGAUGUCGCUUUCGGCACCAGAACACUAAAACUUGAAAGUGGUGAAACAAUUGAGAUGCCAAAUAUUAUUCGCACAGUUACCAAGUGCACAAUGGUUGCGCAAUAUCUGCAGUCUUGUAAGGAAGAAGAAUUCGAGCCACUUAGCAGAACCACAUUAUUUCGUAUCCUGGAAGUUAGAGAAGCCUCACAGUGAAAAUCUUUACAAGGCUUGGAUAAUACCGCUGCUGAUGGAUCGAAUGGGUUUAACACUAUGGAACAAAUCUCUGAACGUCUAGUUCAUCUAGGAAUUGAUAUCCAAUGGUCACAGUCUGUCAUCAAAAGGUUACAUAAAGCAAAAGAAUACCUCAAAACAGAUUAUAAGGUACAUUGCCAAGAGGAUGAUAGUUUAUGUGCUGAUCACUGUACAAUGUUUGCGUUAAGUGAUCCAGGAGAUGAAGCUUUUCAAGUAAAGUGUGCACACGAACAUACGCUGGUUUGUGAUAACUGUGAGAACCUCAAAUCUACUUUACAGGAACUUGAAAACAAGCUGAAAAGCAACACACAUUUUUCAUAUACUCAAGAUAUAAAAGAAGCAGCAAAUGGAAGGCCCAUAUUCUCCGUUCGAUAA